GUAAACCCAACCACCAGGCAAUGAGUCAGUACACAGAAACAGAGCAUCAUAUCCAGCUCAUCUGUCAGGGGAUGUUAAACUCCACGGAAAUCAUAUUUCAAAGUGCUAAUAAGGAGCUGAGAAAGCAGGCUGUUGGCUCGCUCUUCACGGCCAGUCUGUCCCCAACAAAGGUGGCCAGAGGCGGAGGAGAAGAGGGGGGAGUCCAAGCACAGAGGUGCCCCCUGUCUUCAGACACCUGCUGCUGGCUAGUGGCUGACAUUGAGGACACUGUAUGACUGUGUCUGUGGGUGCGUGUGAGUGUGUGUGCAUGUGAAUGAGAGAUAUUUCAGCCCAACCACUGCUUUUUUCCCCCUGUUGGUGAGGAGGAUCAGGACUUUCUCCCCCUUGAAUCUUUGCAUCUGUGACUGAGGAGGAGGGAGGACACACAGACACGGAGCAGCGAGAGGCUUUGUGGGGAUCUCACACCGCUCAUGCCCCUGCUCUCCUCUCCAAGGGAUGGGCACCACAGAGGCGACUCUACGAAUGGAGAACAUGGAAGUGAAAGACGAGUGGCAGGAUGAAGACUUUCCCAGACCACUACCAGAGUACGGAGACAUGGAUUCCUCUUGUGGUCUCACAGACGACAGAGCCUCUCCCCCAAACUCCCUGAAUGUGAGCCCACCUGGAGGAGGCGGCGGCGUGUCCUCAUCUCACCGUAAACGGCGUACACUGGUUGCCCCGGAUAUGAACCUUUCACUGGACCAAAGUGAGGGUUCUUUGCUCUCAGAUGACUUCCUGGAUACACCGGACGACCUGGACAUCAAUGUUGAUGACAUCGAUACACCUGAUGAGACGGACUCGCUGGAGUUCAUCACCAAUGGCAACGAGCUGGAGUGGGAAGAUGACACACCGGUGGCCUCAGCCAAAGCAGGUCCUGCUGACGGCUCAAGAGAUGUGGACGAGGAGGGUAACACCAAUAACGGACGCCUCUGGAGGACAGUGAUCAUCGGGGAACAGGAACAUCGUAUUGACAUGCAGGUCAUCAGACCUUACCUCCGAGUCAUCACACAUGGAGGUUAUUAUGGCGAGGGCCUUAAUGCCAUCAUUGUUUUCUCUGCCUGUUACCUGCCUGACAGCAGCUGUCCAGACUACCACUACAUAAUGGAAAACCUCUUCUUGUAUGUGGUGAGCAGUCUGGAGAUGCUUGUCGCUGAAGAUUACCUGAUCAUCUACAUGAACGGAGCCACUCCUCGGAGUAAGAUGCCUGGGAUCAGCUGGUUAAAGAAAUGUUACCAGAUGAUUGACCGGAGACUGAGGAAGAACCUGAAGUCUUUGGUCAUCGCUCAUCCCACAUGGUUCAUACGCACUGUCCUGGCUAUAUCCAGGCCCUUUAUCAGUGUGAAGUUCAUGAAUAAGAUCCAGUACGUCCACAGCCUAGAUGAACUGGCAGAGAUCGUCCCCAUGGAGCACGUCCAUGUCCCCGAGGGUGUGGUGCAAUUUGACGAGGAGAGGAUUAAAGCACGGAGAGAAAGGAUGGAGCAGGAGCACAGACAGCACCAGCAGUCAGUCCCACAGGAGCCAAUUAAAAAGUCUGAGAGGCCGAAGUCAAUGAUUGUAGAUCAAGGAUUAUGAGAAGGACUGAGCUUUGCAGGUGAAGUGUGUGACAGACAUAUGGAGCAUGAACCUUUAUACCAAUACAAAGCAGUGGUCCAACAAACCUACAUGUGCUUCCUUGUUUUACCAACAUCCAACUGAUGAUUUGCUGCCAUCCUUUUCCGAUCAAGAUGGUGAACGCUGUGUCUCAUUUUCCUUCUGUGUGGAACCCUGUCUUCAUCUCUACCAGAGGGUUUCAUAUUGCAAAAUGGUACGAAGGAAGCCACUGCUCUGUAACAAGAAGUGUUUAACAGUGGAAGCUGUUGUUGGGCUCAUCGAUUCAUUGACCAGCUGUGUGGUCAGACAGGUCGUAUAACUCAUAUUGUAAUAUUACAUCAUUGUGAGGCUCUGGAAGGCUGGGACAUUGAUAGAAACCUUAUAACUUAACACAAAAUUAAGACA